AUGAAUGGAACAAUUCACACGGUCAGAAGACCAGAAGGGACGAAUGUCUAUCUGGUCGGGGGCGGGAUCGCCUCCUUGGCCGCAGCUGUGCACCUCCAUCACGACGCACACGUCCCGGCGCACCAGAUCCACCUCAUCGAGGCAUCGCCUGUCCCGGGAGGCUCAAUGGGAGGAGCCGGGGACUGGAGGAAGGGCUAUGCGGUUCGCGCAGCACGGAAACUGAACUUCACAUACAACUGCCUGUACGACACUCUCUCCAGGGUCUCGUCCAUCAGGGACCCCUCCAAGACGGUGCUGGAUGAGAUCGUUUCUUUCAACAAGGGACACGAUGAGCUAGGCGAGUGCCGGGCUCGCCUGGUGGCCACGACACCCACUGGACCUGAGAUCGUCGAUGUGAAGAGUAUCGGGCUGAGCACUACGGACCGCCUCGAUAUCUUGGGCCUGGUGCUUGAGGCCGAAGAAAAUGUGGCCAGCGAUGAGAUCCAGGCACAUUUCAAGCCGGAAUUCUUCGAGUCCAAAUUCUGGGACAUGUGGUCGAGCAUGUAUGGCUUCCAGCCGUGGCAUAGUGCGGUUGAGUUCAGGAGGUAUCUUCAUCGCUUCCUGCAUGAGUUCCCCCAUAUCAGUACUCUGGCAGGCAUCGAGCAUACUCCGAUGAACGACUACGAGUGUGUGAUUGUUCCUCUCGAGGCGCAUCUCAAGGAGCUCGGCGUUGAUUUCCAGUACGAAACCGCGGUUACUUCAGUUGCGUUUCGUCCAGGGAACGAUAUCUGCGUGUCUGCGCUCCACAGCACGCACAAGGGGAACGAGACCACCGUGGAUAUACUACCUUCGGACAUCGUUCUAAUUACCCUUGGGUCAUCGACAGCGAAUUCCCGAGUCGGGGAUAACAAGAGACCACCACCACCGUUGCCCGCACAAGACGCUCUUAUGGAGAAUCCUGACCCCGUGUGGAAGUUCUGGACCUCACUCGCGGACCCUGCAGCGAACCCCCACGCAGAGGCUUUUGGUCAUCCCAAGACCUUCUACAGCCGCAUCUCCAAGUCGUCAUGGCUAUCCUUCACUGUCACCCUCAUCGACGCCGAUUUCCUCGACAAUCUUAGGGAGUGGUCGAGGAGCAGCGAUGGCAGCUGCCCGCUCAUCACCUUCCGGGACAGCCCCUGGAUGAUGUCGAUAACCAUCCCCCACCAACCCUACUUCCUCAACCAGCCGGACAACGUCCAUGUCCUCUGGGGAUACGGCCUGUACCCCGACCAGGAGGGCACGUUCGUGAAGAAGCCCAUGAUGGAAUGCACGGGCGAGGAGAUCCUCACUGAGCUGCUGCAUCACCUGGACCUCCCGAUACACCCCACGCUGGAGCAGUCGACGACCAUACCCUGCCUGAUGCCGUACAUCGGCAGCCCGUACCUCACCCGGGAAGCGGGCGAUCGGCCGCAGGUCGUCCCCCGCGGGAGCCGCAACCUGGGCUUGCUGGGCCAGUACGUCGAGAUGGAGAGGGACGUGACCUUCACGAUGGAGUACUCGGUCCGGGCGGCCCAGACGGCGGUAUAUCAUCUGAUGGGCGUCGACAAGGAGCCGCCGCCAGUGCAUCGCGGUGACCAGUCAGUCCAGACCCUUGGGGAGGCACUCAUGGCGAUAAUGAGCUGA